CACAUGUCUUCGGCAAUUCCAACAAUAUGAGUUGUUUAAGGGGUUUUCCUGGGUAAAUGUUUUCCCAGCUAGAUUGGAUUUUUGGAGGAAUUUUUUCUUUAAAUGUGUUUUUCAGAACGGAAUUUUAUGAGACUAAUUUGUCAUUUUUAAAACAAAAUAAAUUGUUUUUUAACAAAAACUAAAAUGUUUGAAUUUGAAAUGAUCACUGUUUUGGUUUCACCACGGUGAAUGUCGAAGCGUCAUCGCCGUGAUUGAUGAGACCACUUCGCCCACCCCUGUUGGAACUAACCGGUGCUGGUCAGACUGCUCAAGGCUCAGCAUAUCGCCUAUCACUGCUAUCUAACGCUUCAUCUGCCAAACUUAAUCACUUGUUUCUGUUCGGAGCGAGCUGCGUCUCGCGAGACCCUUGACUCGAGACUCGGCGCUGGCUCGACGAGACUUCUUAUCGCCAUGUCUUUGUGAUAAACGCGAUGGCCGAAUUCAUCAGAGGCGGCUGCGGGACGGGCAUCAUAAUGCCGAAGGAGAAGCUCCACGGUUCUCCGAGCACGGGAAGUGAAGAAGGACACGAUGGUGGGAUCGUCGACGAUUUCGACCCCUUUACGGCCGACCAAGAAGAAAUCGGUGCGGCGGAAUCGCUGCCCAACGCCCCUCCAGAAACACAGUGGUAUCAUGGUAGAUUAGACAGAUACACUGCGGAAGAAAGAUUAUACCAAGCUGCCAAAAUGGGCAGUUACUUGGUAAGAGAGAGCGACAGAAAACCUGGUUCUUAUGUUUUAUCAUAUUUUGGAAAAACUGGAAUAAACCAUUUUAGAAUAACAGCUGUGUGCGGAGAUUUUUAUAUCGGAGGAAGACAAUUUUAUUCAUUGUCUGAUUUGAUUGGUUAUUAUACAAACUGUUCAGACCUAUUGAAAAGGGAACGUUUGGUCCAUCCAGUUCCCCCGCCUGAACCAGUCAAUGAUAAGAAGAGAGUUGUCGCUAUUCUACCUUAUACAAAAAUGCCAGACACAGACGAAUUAAGUUUCCAAAAAGGUGAUAUAUUUUUUGUUCAUAAUGACAUGGGAGAUGGCUGGCUCUGGGUCACCGCUCAUCGGACUGGUGAACAAGGCAUGAUUUUCAGAGAUCUUGUUGAUGACCUGGAUGAAAAUAUCGAUCCUAAUACUGUUUUCAACUGGUUUCACCCAAAUGUCACAAAAAGUGAUGCAGUAGAUAUGCUCGUCAAAUGUGGGCCUGGAAGCUUUCUUGUAAGGCCAAGCGAUAAUUCUCCAGGCGAUUACUCCCUAUUUUUUCAUAUCAACAACCAAAUCCAACGUUUUCGCAUUGAAAAGAAAGGAGUGCGCUAUUUGAUGGGAGGAAGGACAUUUGAAUGUUUGGAUGCUGUCAUCAAUCGUUAUCGAAAAGAGCAGAUUGUCGAAGGCCAUACUUUAGUUCAGCCUGUUUGUAGGACUCUUUCUGAAACUGAUGGACCUGUUAAAUCUAAAGAGGUUCAACACGCUGAGAAAAUAUAUGCUACUUUAAGAGAAUGCCGAGAACAAGUUGGUCUUAAGAAAAUCAAAGGUAUUAAAAUGCAAGGAAAUUUAAGCAAAAAGAGCGAAAAGAACAAAAAGUGGAAGUCCAUGUAUUUUGUACUUAUUGUGGAUGGAACUGACACGCACUUGUGCUUUUAUGACAAUCCAAGGCGAACAAAGCCAAAAGGCCUAAUAGAUUUAAGUUGUGCCUAUUUAUAUCAAGUUCAUGACAGUGUGUUUGAGCGACCAAAUUGUUUUCAACUUGUUGAAAGAGCUCUGCCAUGUUUAGCAACGACAACAUAUCUUUCAGCUACUUCCGCAGAUUCUGCUCAGGACUGGAUAUCAGCGAUCAAACCUCUGUGUGUCACUCAAAUGACACGGUCACCUAAAGUUCAGAAAUUGAGAGAAUUGAGAUUUCUGCAAUUACACAUUCUUGAUGCUCAUAGAUUACCGUUUAAAUUGGUCCCAAAUCCUUUUUGCAUAAUUUCACUCAAUCAAGUUAAAGUAGCAAGAACUAAAGUCACUGGAGGGCCUGACCCUGUUUGGGAUGAAGAAUUUAUUCUUGAUGAUGUUCCACCUGAUGUAAUUUCAUUCACCAUUACAUUAUACAAUAAAGGAAAGCGCUCAAAAGACACAGAAGUCGCCGAAGUUACUGUCGAGUUAUCCAGUCUUACAAACGGAGAUGAGAUUGAAGAUUGGUAUCAUUUAUCUGGUAUAACACCAAUUGGAGAGUGGGGAGCUUUAAGAUUACGCUUAAGGUACCUACACGAUCUUAUUAUGCCCCAAGAAGAAUACUCUCCAAUGCAGCAGUUAAUUUUAGACCCAUCAUUAGAAGUAGUACGGGCACUUGCUGAUAUCUGCCACUUAGACAGAAUGCCUCUUGCAAAUUCAUUACUAAGGAUAUUUAGACAUGAAAAGAAGGAAGCCGAUCUCUUGAAAUCCCUUAAUGAUGCCGAAAUUGAAAAAGAAGAAGAAACGUCGACACUUUUUAGAGCUGCUUCAUUGACUACCACUUUAAUGGACCUUUACAUGAAGUCUGUUUGUACGGAGUUUUUACAGUCUGCUGUACAAGAUAUAAUUUUCAAGCUUCUUGAAGCUAAACAGUCGUGUGAGUUAAAUCCUUUAAAAAUGGACUCACCUGAUGAUGCUUGUGCCAAUGCUGAAUUUUUGCUCCAAGUAUUAGAUGAAGUCACUUUAUCUAUAUUCAUGUCUGCUGAAGCUUGUCCUAAGACUGUGAGAUAUAUUUGUGGAUGUUUACAAAAAUCUGUCAUGGGUAAAUGGCCUCACGAGCGAUUUGUAAGGACUAGAGUUGUAAGCGGGUUUAUAUUCUUAAGGCUGCUAUGUCCUGCCAUUCUCAAUCCUAGACAAUUCAAUCUCAUAUCAGAACCGCCGCCUUUAAUGGCAUCCAGAUCUUUAAUAAUGGUUGCCAAAUGUUUGCAAAAUUUGGCGAAUCUGAUUGAAUUCGGUGGAAAAGAACCCUAUAUGGAAGUUGUUAAUCCUUUUAUAUUGAAAAAUAAAGAACGAAUGGUUGUCUUCCUUGACCAAUUAUCAAAUGUACCUGAAAAGCCAGAAAGUGAAGGCGAGAGGGGAAAGGGUGAUCCUGCUAGGGAUUUAGGGACUCUACACCACAUAUGUGUCUCACAUCUAAAAGAGCUUCAAGUUCUCAGCAGAAACCAAUUGACGUUAAGAAAAUUAGUGACUGUCACAGAAAUGCUCAGUAAACAUAAACAGAAAUAUCAAGAAAUGAUCCGGUAGUUUAGUCGUCUUCAACUACAAAGUUUGGGCAUGUUUUAUUUAUAAGAUUGCAUUGCAUUCUAUUGCUGACAUUAUAUACCACAAGUUCUGUUUAAACUAAACGAAUAAUUGCCAAACCUUUUAAAUAUAAACAUUUAUUUACAACAGACCAUUUAGAAUUGUAUAAGUUUGGACACAAAUGGGUAUUUUUGUACUUUCAACCUACUGCUAUCUGUAAAUUGUUGCUCUCUAACAUGUGCCAUUAGUUUUAUACAAUUUUAAUACACAUGUUGAUGUGGGUGAGGGUGUAUGUGUCUGAAUCUGUGUGGUAUGCAAGCUAGUGUUGUACAUAUUUAUUAUUUUCAUUUAUUGAAUUUUUUUAGUUCAACAAACUAUUUUUAUGGAAUACUGCAAAACAUUUUACUAUUCCAAUUUAUUAAGCCUAAAAAGUAAACAUUCCAAAGAUGAGUUAUAUUUAAAAAAAAAAAGUUCAAGUAUUAUUGUUGUUUAGUAAUGAAGACAAUCUCAUUUCUUUGUUGUUUGUACCAGUGUUGCUUUUUAAUUCAUUUGAGAACAUUGGAUUUAACAGAAUUUAAGACUAAAAUUAAUAAUUUUCAUAAUUUUAUCUAAUGACAUUUAACAACUGCCAAACUAAUGUUUAACUUGUUUUUGAAUAAGUGUGUUUCACUUAGUUUGUAAUCUAGUCUGUAUCAAGUUGUGAGAAUGAUUGAUAUAACAAUAAUAUAAUAUAACAAAAUUUGCAGUAGUAUAUCAAUUACAAAAUGAUAGUUUUUAGUUUUGUAAGAAAAUUCAUUUGGUGUUUCUAAUAACAAGAAAUAAGUUUAAAAAAACAUCAUCUUUAUCUGCAAAUACAUUGGUCAGGUUUGAAAGGGACUCAAAACUUAAAUGUUUUAUAUUAAUAAUUAAUAUAAUUGUACAAAAUAGAAAAUCGUAGAUAUAACAGGCUAGUUAGUCGAUAAUAUAUUUGAUAAAAUUACUUAACACCAAAUUUUUAAAAAAUGUGAGGGAAAAUUUUUAAUAAUGUUUUGUAGUAUUGUAUUAGAUUACUGUUAGUUUUGUUGUACUAUUACUAGAUUUAUAUUUUCUAGAUGUAUUUAAGAUUUAUUGCUAUAACCAGUUUACUGUUAAAUUUAUAUUAUAUACUUACAUUGUGAUUCUAUAAUAAGACUUAAGUUUGUAAGAUCAAAAUUUCAUUUAAUGUUUUUUCUUCUUAUAACUAUUAUAUUAAAAUCAAUUUAUUUAACAAAUUCUUUUGAAAUUGUAUAGCCCAUAGAUUUAUAUCUUCAAAACAUGCUGUAUG